GGUGCCGGCGCCUACAUCUGCGGCGAGGAGACGGCGCUCAUCGAGUCCAUCGAGGGCAAGCAGGGCAAGCCCCGCCUGAAGCCCCCGUUCCCUGCUGACGUGGGUGUCUUUGGCUGCCCCACCACAGUGGCCAACGUGGAGACAGUGUCAGUGGCCCCCACCAUCUGUCGGCGUGGUGGUGCCUGGUUUGCCGGCUUCGGGCGGGAGCGGAAUUCUGGCACAAAGCUCUUCAACAUCUCGGGGCAUGUCAACACCCCCUGCACGGUGGAGGAGGAGAUGUCAGUGCCACUGAAGGAGCUGAUUGAGAAGCAUGCUGGGGGUGUCCGUGGGGGCUGGGACAACCUGCUGGCUGUCAUCCCUGGGGGAUCAUCCACGCCACUGCUGCCCAAGUCGGUGUGUGAAACGGUGCUGAUGGACUUCGAUUCCCUGGUGCAGGCGCAGAGUGGGCUGGGCACAGCUGCCGUCAUCGUCAUGGAUAAAUCUACUGACAUCAUCAAAGCCAUUGCUCGCCUCAUCGAGUUCUACAAGCACGAGAGCUGUGGGCAGUGCACGCCGUGCCGGGAAGGUGUGGACUGGAUGAACAAGGUGAUGGCUCGGUUCGUGCAGGGCAAUGCACAGGCAGCCGAAAUCGACGCACUGUGGGAGAUCAGCAAACAGAUCGAGGGACACACCAUCUGUGCCCUGGGUGAUGGCGCAGCCUGGCCUGUGCAGGGUCUCAUCCGCCACUUCCGCCCCGAGCUGGAAGAGAGGAUGCGGCGCUAUGGGGAGGCCAAAGCCCGAGCAGCGUCAGCAUAA